CUAUCAGGGAUUGACCGGAUUGAGGAAUCGACUGAGUACCAAAAUAUCUCUUGCGAUCGAUUAAUCAUCGUGCCUCGAAAUCCAACUGGUCCUGCUCUUCCCGCACCAACGUCGAUUGGGCCGACGAUGACCGAGUCGUAUGAACUCCGUGAUCUUGAUGGCCUGGGCCGUCAAGAGCAUGUGAAUGAUCAACGAGAACAUCUUCUACGCAAGACCUCGGACGAGAUAUUACAGGAAGAGAUCAGACAGCUACAAGGAGGUCUCGACGGGGUCGAGCCGUACCUACCGAGAAAGAGCACGGAUAGCACGGGAGACAGGGAUGACGACAUGGAAGAGAUGAUCAAUCGAAUAACGCCUAGUACGGAUGACCCGGCUCUGGAAUCUCUGACGUUCCGGUCGGUCGUCCUCGGGGUCAUCUUUUGUAUCCUGGGCGCUGCUGCCAGUCAGGUGUUCUACUUCAAAUCAAACGCGCCCUCAUUCUCCGUGUACUUCGUAAUUCUCGUGUCCCAUCCUCUGGGACACCUAAUGGCGCGGUAUCUGCCUCGUCGGAGAUUCAUGGGCGUGGAGUUGAAUCCAGGCGAGUUCAAUGUCAAGGAGCAUCUAUUGGUUGCAGUGAUUGCUUCUUCUGGCGGGACUUCGGCCUAUGCAUCAGAUAUUGUUGCCAUUUUGAGGUUGUACUACCACGAAACGAUCGGUGCAUUGUCAAGUAUCACGCUGUUGAUCACCACCCAGUCGAUUGGAUUCGGUUUGGCAGGAUUCUGUCAGAAUAUUCUCGUGCGACCGAGAGCUAUGCAUUGGCCCGCUACCCUCGUCUUGAUCCAACUUUUCAACACCUUGCACGACGAGUCGACGUCCUUGACACAGACACGAUUGAAGAUAUUCACCUAUACUGCCGUUGGCUGCUUUCUCUACCAGUUCCUGCCGGGGACGUUCUUUCCGACUCUCACAUCUAUUGCGACUCUAUGCUACAUCAACAAUCAAUCCUGGUUGAUGCGCACGCUCGGGUCUGGCUAUGAAGGACUCGGUAUGCUCAAUUUUAGCCUGGACUGGUCGACAAUCGGCUACAAUGGCCCGCUUUUCACGCCUUGGUUCGCGCAAUUGAAUUGGUUCGCCGGGAUAAUUCUAUCAGUAUGGAUCGUCAUGCCCAUCAUGCUGGCAAUCAAUUUUUGGGAUGCACGCGAAUUUCCCUCCCCGACCUCCUCUCACCUCUACAACGCGACUUUUCAGCCUUUCGAUGUCCUGACUGUUCUUAACAAGGACCUCACUCUGAACGAGACGAUAUGGGAGGAUGCCAAGCCUCUGCUCUUGACACCGUAUUUCGCCAUAUCAUACGCUUUGUCGUUUGCGGCAUUGACGGCAGUCUUGUCACACGUGUGGAUAUGGCAUCGCCAAGAGAUAUUCGAUGCAUUGGCCAAGCGCACACGUCACAAUGACAUACAUAAUCAACUCAAUCUGGCAUAUGCUCCAGUCCCUAAUUCGUGGUACUACGCCAUCUUGGCGGUGACGUUUGCGGCUGCCGUGAUAGUGGUAGAGACUAGUCCUCUGCAGACCCCGACGUGGAUGCUUGCGUUGGCCAUCGGUGUCGCUGCCAUGUUCCUGAUACCGAUUGGAAUCAUUGCCGCAUGUUCCAAUACGACGAUCGGAUUGAACGUCUUGACGGAGUUUAUUGCUGGGAUCAUUAUGCCGGGAAAACCGAUCGGAAACGUCACUUUCAAAUGUUAUGGUUACAUGGCAAUGUCCCAAGCGAUCGCGCUGUUGAGCGACCAAAAGCUAGCUCAUUACAUGCAUGUUAGCCCCAAGAAUAUGUUCAUUGCCCAAGCUCUCGGGACCGUACUAGGCUGCGUGGUCAACUAUGUCACUCUCACGCAGGUCAUCGAUUCGAAGUUCUCCUACCUCAAUGGCGAUGCGAUCGAUCCGACUGGACAAUGGGACGGACGCAAGCCGCAAAUAUUCUAUAGUGCCUCCGUCAUUUGGGGCGCGGUGGCGCCGGCAAGAUUCUUCGCUGGGAAGUACACCUGGCUGUACCUGGGUUUUCCGAUUGGAGCACUGCUCCCCUUCAUGGCGUACUGGCUGCACAAACGAUUCCCCGACAAGAUGUUCGAUCGAAUCGUUUUCCCGAUCAUUUUCGACGGUGGUAACACAGUACCUCAGGCUCCUGCCAACAUUAUCCUAACAUCUUUCUGUGUGGCCUGGUCGGCCAACGUCUGGUUACGCAAGCGAUAUCCUCGAUUCUACGCGAACUUCAUCUACGUGAUCAGUGCGGCCCUAGAUUCGGCCACUUCCUUACAAGCCUUGACAACGUACAUGUUGUUCUCGAUUGUCGUUCCAGGAUCUGGUGCGGCGGUCUGGUGGGGCAAUUCCGCGAUCGAUACUGAGCAUUGUAGACCUGGGUCAUGAUAGACCCGCUGUUUUGUGCAUCCGAGUUGUAGCAUCAU